UCCUUAUUCAUUUAAAAUAUUUUAAUUCUGGAAGCAGAGAUGUCAAAGGCCGAUCAAUCCGUCCCUGGACCUUCUCACGCCGGAAUUAGCAGCCAGGUCGUGGCUGACACCGUCACCACGACCUCAACGGUCACGCCGCAUCAAAAGAGAAAGGAACUCCUGCUGGAACAGUUUGGGAACGAGGUUGAGGUUGAGGAGAACAAAAUGGUAUCCGCUCCAAUUUUGUGUAGGAUUUUCCGCUCAUGUGGCGAACUGAUCAACGUGUGUGGACGCGCUCUGGGUAAUCUUAUCGGCGUUCUGGACGAUACGACACCCCGAGGGUUUCCUAUUUAUGAGAAGAGGAGAGCUCAACGCCAUCAUCUGCUGAAACUAGCAGUGCCAGAAAUAGUUGACUGCGUUCAAGACGAGGAAAUGUCGACAACUCCGGAACCGCCAGUCGCUCCUCCAAGGUCAGUCUCAAGCCAAUUUGCAGCUCAGAGAAAAUCAAGGCCGACUGGGAGACAAAUUCGGAAAUCAAACGAUUCCACUUCUGGUAGAAAGAAGUGUUCUAAAACCAAACGCCACCGCUGCAACAUUUGUCGCAAAAAUUACUCCACCAAAUCAAGCCUGACCUCUCACCAUUUCACCCAUCUCACCGAAGAGGAAAAGACCGUGGUGAAACAGGGUUGGAGACACGUGUGCUUCUUUUGCCAGAAGAGGUUCUCCGCGGAAUUUGGGUAUCAUACUCACCUGGUCACCCAUACGAUGGAAAAACCCUUUCGUUGUGACCAGUGCGGAAAGCAAUACGCUCAGAAGGGUCAAUUAAAGGAGCACCAGCGUAGCCACAGCGCCAACCCAAGACCAUUCAAUUGCGAAGAAUGUGACAAAGCGUUGUCCACCAAGCGAUCUCUGUUCAUCCACAAAAAAAUGGUUCAUCAGAAGCUGAAGGACGUCGACUGCCCCCAAUGCCCCAAAAAGUUCAGCACCAAGGGGAAAAUGGUUGUUCAUAUGAACGGAGUGCAUCUUAAAAUUCCGCACCUCUGCCCCCACUGCAAUAAGUCAUUCACUCAGAAAGGGAAUGUUCAAACACACGUGAAGAACUUUCAUCCCUAAUAAUUUAACGCUUCUCCUGCUAAGCGAUCCAGUAUCAACUUCAACUGAUCCAUUUCAACUUCUUUAUUUUACGAUGUAGUAUAGUUUAAAUGAUAGGUUAAUUUGUUUCAAAAAUCUUGUAAAGGGCCGAAUGGUGAUCUCGGACGCCUAUCUGAAUCAAAUGAAUGUUUUCCCAUGCAACACACCAAAAUCAGGUUUUUCCUCUACUGCGCCCAAGCCAACUAUCAAUAAUUAAGUGUACUUUAUAUUUUAUCAAUAAAUGUGUUUUUGUUAAUAAAUAGCAAUCGUAAUAUUGAAUUUAAUCCUU